CUCCUCUCCUCUCCUCCUCUCUUCGCGUCGCCAUGAACCUCCGCGGCCUCUUUCAGGAUUUUAACCCGAGCAAAUUCCUCAUCUACGCCUGUCUAUUGUUGUUCUCUGUCUUGCUUUCUCUACGUCUGGAUGGAGUCAUUCAGUGGAGCUACUGGGCUGUCUUCACACCUGUCUGGUUGUGGAAACUGAUGGUCAUCAUAGGAGCCUUGGUGGGAACUGGAGUGUGGGCUCGUAACCCGCAGUACAGGGCUGAAGGAGAAACCUGUGUAGAAUUUAAAGCAAUGCUUAUAGCAGUUGGGAUCAACCUGCUGUUGUUGAUGUUUGAGGUUCUGGUGUGUGACCGAAUCGAGCGGGGAAACCACUUUUGGCUUCUGGUCUUCAUGCCGCUUUUCUUUGUGUCACCGGUAUCGGUGGCUGCGUGUGUGUGGGGAUUCCGACACGAUAGGUCAUUGGAGUUGGAAAUCCUAUGUUCUGUGAACAUUCUUCAGUUUAUAUUUAUCGCCCUACGACUGGACGAAAUCAUCAAGUGGCCUUGGCUGGUUGUCUGUGUUCCUCUGUGGAUCCUGAUGUCUUUUCUCUGUCUGGUGGUACUCUACUACAUUGUGUGGUCAGUGCUUUUCUUACGGUCGAUGGAUGUAAUUGCUGAACAGCGACGGACACAUGUUACAAUGGCUAUCAGUUGGAUGAUUAUUGUCGUUCCACUUCUGACUUUUGAGAUUCUUUUGGUUCACAAACUGGACGGUCACAACAAUUUCUCGUUUAUUCCAAUUUUCAUCCCUUUGUGGCUUUCUCUAAUAACAUUAAUGGCAACAACCUUCGGGCAGAAAGGAGGAAAUCAUUGGUGGUUUGGAAUCCGCAAAGACUUUUGUCAAUUCCUGCUGGAGAUCUUCCCCUUCUUGAGGGAAUAUGGCAACAUUUCUUACGAGCUCCACCAUGAGGACAGUGAGGAGUGUGAGGAGAUACCCACAUCAGAAGCUCCCAAAAUAGCUCCUAUGUUCCUCAAAAAGGAAGGAGUGGUCAUCACCCAGAGCCCCGGCAAGUACUUUGUCCCACCUCAGAAACUCAAUAUUGACAUGCCUGAUUAAGACCUGCCUGAAGAGGGUAAUGAACUUGUCAAUGAAGUAGUACUGUCUGGCUAUGGUACAUUGUCAUACACGCACUAGCCCUUUAUCUGGCAUUUGGGAUACUCCUGCCAAAUAUGUCAGAUGUGUUUCAAGUAUCCAUCAACUCAAGUUUUGUUUGCUUCUGACUCUUUCUGUUGAACGGUAACAUUGUUCCUUUGCCUAGAAUUGGGAAGAAGCAUCAGAAUGAUGAUAUCGUAUUCCCCCCCCCCCUCCCAUUGGCAAUACGUGGAUGUUGAAAUUGUGCGUUGCAUUUACAUUAACACUUUAAAUGCAAGUUUACAUGCAAAACAUAUGAAAAGUCAGCAUUGUAUAUAUAAACCUAUUGGGUGAUGGAAGCUCCUUGAAUUGCAAUGACAGUACACCACACUGAUAAUUUAGAAAAGACAAGGGUAGGAAUUACUUAAGAGCCAAAUUACAGGGAAUAAUUUGCGUUCCCCCCCACCCCAACAUAAAAUAGAAAAUGGCAUAACUGUAGUGUGAUUAGUCCAUUAAAAGUGAACUUCAGCAGUUUUUUUUAAAAAAAAAACUAGCUACCCCCCGGUGCAGUCACUUUGUGGACUGUGGAUGUCACAGUUUUAGCUGAUGUUCUGUUUGAGUUGCUGUACCUAUUUGCUUUUAGAACAAAAUUCUGGUGUAGAUUGAUUCAUAGAAAACUGACAGAAGCAGAUUUUUUUUGGACAUUGCUGCAGCGAGUUUUUUUUUAUUUGCUGACCUCACAGAAAAUAAAAUUCAGUUCUAUUCAUCACAGCCUGACAGCUGCAGGACAUGAUUUAAUACCUCCCACCCCCAAAGGUAAAAAAAAAAAAUCGAAUCGAUCUGGACGUGUAUAAAUAUAUUUUAAAAAAAAGUGAUUGUGCUUGGAUCCUUCCAUGUUUGCAACUCACCAUAUGUAAUAACUUCUCUCAAUGGAAUGUUAACAAAAGUCUAUUUUGGUAAAAAUGUUUAAGAAUCCUUCCCGCUAAUCUAGAAACAAAGGUUAAAAAACUCUUCAGUAUUGGUGACUGCAAACAUUGCAUUAUUUCACUCUUCCUAACAAAACCAUGCAGGGCAAUGCUGCAUUUAAUUUAUACUCCGUGUGUAAUUAUUUUUAAUGCACAAACAGACAUUUGAUCAACUAUUUCCUUGUGUAACUGAUGGAAAAUUGCAUUGCUUAAUAUUUCUGGCUCUUGAGAGACACUUAAAAACCCAGUGAAAAACAUGUCAUUUUUUGAGCAGACUUAACUUUAAUACAUUAACACACGCCUGUCAAAGAAGGUUUUGUGCUGGUAAGAUGACAACUGUAUUGCUGUAAAAUAUCAAAGCUUACAGUACACUCUUUUGCUUUUAAUUUUGGGCCUUACAUAUACAAAGUUGCCCAGAUAUGAAAAAUAAUUUAAAAAAGCUGAUUAUACCUGCUUUAAAGCAUUGUCAGUGAAGAUGCCUUUAUUAUUGGAGGUUGAAAUAUUUAUACACACUUCGAUUCCUAGACAGUGAAUGAAUGAUUAGAGUUUAAGGAGAUGAAUGUUAUCCCUGGAUAGGGAUUUGUUUGUACAGAAAAAUAUUUCUGAUGCUGCAGAAAAUACCAGAGACAAACAACCCUAGGACAUUUCAUUUGGAAAACGGUUUAAUUCCUUUUGCAUUAAUUUCCAAGAUCAUAAAACUGUCCACAAGUAUGGAUUCCUGUUUCAAUCAUUUUAAAUCACUGUUACUUAAUGUAGAGUGACUCAUUCAGCAGUGAUGAUUUCAAUUUAACACAGAAAUAAAAUUGUAAAAUAUUUGCCCUGUAAUUCUUCUUCUGUUUCGUUCUAGUCAUAACUCUAAAGCAAAGAAGUUGUAAAUUCCAUCUAAUUUAGAAAUAUAAUUUAAAUAAAUUUGAACUUUGUUUCUUAAAGUACACAGAUACAGGAUUAAAGCUGCGGUGCCCAUUUAAAAAAUAUAUUGUGUUUGAUAUAACACGGUACACAUCAGGAGGAAGUGUCAAAACACUUCACCGGAUAUACGUAAAGUGACUGUGUAUUUUGUCGGCAAAUAAAACUGUUUAUAGCGCCAUAGUGAAUUUGCGGGAGAAAAGUUUCAACAUCUAAAUUUUUGAAAUAUCUCUGCCAUUUUAAAAGAUUUGUAAACUGUACAAGAAUAUUCCAUUGGCUGAUGCUGCUUUCUACAUAGUCCAAAAAUAGGGACGAAUAUUUAAUUUCUGAAAUUGGUUUCAUGUCAAGUCUGAUCACUAGGAGAUUUACACGGGCUACUAUUGUGUUAUAAGGAUGUUCACUGUAGCUUAUCCUCUGAGUGUUACAUCUUACUGAUUGCAAUGAUGUUAAGUUGUGGCUUCCCAUUAUAAUUCUUUUUGUAGCUUUGAGGUUUUUUUUAAAAACAGUAAGACAAUUGUUACUAAAAAAAAACAAGAAAAGGGUGUAAGUGAACUUAAUAUUCACUCCUCUAUGUUCAUUGAUAACUUUAUGCUGCCAAUUCCAGUCAGCUUUCUAGAUUGACAUUGUUAUACAUGCUAUUUUUGAGCAAAAGAACAAAACAUGGUUUCAGAGUUUAUGAUGCUGUGGAACUAUUGUUUCUGGACAAGGGCGCCAGGGUUUAACUUUGAGAACCAAGUGGUGGUAACAUUUUCCGUGACAAUUCUUUGAAUAAUAACUGUUUCUUAAAAACAAACAUCAACAUUCGCAAAUGUUAAUAUUUUUUACCUGGAAUGAAUGAUAUUGUAAUGAGACCAACUAUGCUUUAUUUCUCUAUAAACAUUAAUUUCUAUAAAUAUGUAAACUAAUAUUUCAUUGCAAUUUUUAAAAUGUUUAGAUUAUGGCAUUAGAUCACCUGCCAGUCAGACCUAGUGCACAUGAACUGUUCUGGAGCACUAUAGAUGUUGAGCAUGUUAUACCAUACCAUGGUCCUGAUAGUAUUAAUAUUUAGUAGUCCUCUUAGCAUUGUAUUGCUGAAUGACUUUUAACAAAUGCUCUGCAUAUAGUUUCUGCCAAAAAUGAAUUGAUGUGUGUGUGGAGGGGGGAAUUUAUUUUGCUGCACCUUAGUGGUGCUUCAUAUACAACAGGUAAAAGCUGGAAUGGUGUGUUGUGUGAACUAUUUCAAUCUCACUGAGCAGAAAUUUGUAUAUUUAUGUGCUGAUGAUGGGUGGGGAGAGCCAAGUAGGAACUCUCAGCAGGUCUGAGAGGAAGAAGUGCAAUCAUUUUUGUGUACUAUGCUUAUUCUUGGACCAAACAGAGGUUGAACUUUUGUGUUUUGUUGUGGAAUUAACUCUGUUGUAAAAUCUGUAAAUGUGUGUUUUGUGUAAGUGCUACAUUCUGUUGAGUAAACUGAAUACCUAUA